AUGACGCCUCCCGUCGAUAUUCAUACGGCUGCGUCGAGGACGGUAUCCCAUAGCUGGGACCAGAAUAAUUUGUCGACUUCACCAACAAUCACUUUCCAAUCCCCGCCGAAUAGCUGGGGCGGGGCACUAGCUCAUCGGGUUGCACCCAAGCAACUGAAGCCGUUCAAUACUCAAGAUAUCAAAAUCCUCCUACUAGAGAACGUGAACACUACCGGCCAAGAGAUUCUCCGAGGACAAGGUUACCAAGUGGAGGCACUAAAAACCUCUCUCCCUGAAGAUCAGCUGAUUGCAAAGAUUCGUGACGUGCAUGUCAUCGGUAUCCGAUCGAAGACAAAAUUGAACGAGCGCGUGCUGAGAGAGGCCAAAAAUCUUCUAGUUGUUGGAUGCUUUUGUAUUGGGACGAACCAGGUUGAUCUUGAGUACGCCGCUCGCCAUGGCAUUUCGGUCUUCAACUCACCCUUUGCCAACUCUCGGAGCGUUGCAGAGCUUGUAAUUGCAGAGAUCAUCACCCUUGCCCGUCAACUGGGAGAUCGGUCUAAUGAAAUGCACCGUGGAACUUGGAACAAGGUCAGCGCAAAGUGCUGGGAGAUUCGAGGCAAGACUCUAGGCAUUGUCGGAUACGGCCAUAUCGGCUCGCAGCUUUCAGUUCUCGCGGAAGCCAUGGGCAUGAAUGUAAUCUACUAUGACGUGGUUACCUUAAUGGCUCUCGGAACGUCUCGCCAGGUUCCAACCUUGGAAAAUCUUCUCGAAGAGGCAGAUUUCGUCACACUCCACGUGCCGGACCUUCCGGAGACUCGAGGCAUGAUUUCAACGGCUCAAUUCGAAAAGAUGAAGAUUGGAUCGUAUCUUAUAAACGCCAGCAGAGGCACUGUUGUGGACAUCCCUGCUCUGGUCAAGGCGAUGCGAUCUGGGAAAGUUGCAGGAGCGGCCCUUGAUGUGUACCCCAAUGAGCCUGCUGCCAAUGGAGACUAUUUCACCAACAACCUAAAUCAAUGGGCCGAAGAUCUCCGCUCCUUGACGAACAUAAUUCUCACUCCACAUAUUGGAGGUAGUACGGAGGAAGCACAACGUGCAAUUGGCAUCGAGGUCGCCGAUGCCCUUGUUCGUUACAUCAACCAAGGUAUCACUCUGGGAAGUGUCAACAUGCCUGAAGCCCAGCUGAGAUCACUCACACUGGAUGAGCCAAAUCACGCCAGAGUCAUCUACAUUCACCGCAAUGUCCCUGGGGUUCUGCGAAAGGUAAACGAGAUUCUGGGGGACCAUAAUGUUGAUAAACAAAUCAGUGAUAGCAAAGGCGAUGUUGCCUACUUGAUGGCGGAUAUCAGUAAUGUUCGCUAUGAGGAAAUCAAAGACAUUACCGACAAUCUAGAAGCCUUGAGCUCCUGCAUUAUGACGCGAGUGUUGUAUUAG